UUUAUCCGCUUUUACUUUUAUCGUAUUUUCGAAGAAACACUUCAAUUCAGCAGAUUUCUAUUGUGUCUGUCUGAGUGCAAACACGGGCAGUGCUUCAACCCACUCGAUGGCGCGAGGCCUAGUCCUCUGUUCACAUACCAGAACCAUCGUCAACCUUUCCUUUUCACUUCUCAAGCCCCGCUGCCGCCGUCACCUCCGUUAUGAUGGAUCUCGAAAUAUACCUUCGACGCGCGUCUUUUGCCAUUGCGCUGGCUCCCAAAUGAUAGACUUAGUAGACAUGGCUACAUACAAUGAAGCUUUCUCCAGGAAAAUGGCUAUGGCUGGAAUCAAACACCACAACCGUAUUGCUCUAGGUGUCUCUGGGGGACCGGAUAGCAUGGCUUUGUGUGUUCUAGCAGCUAAUUGGAAAAGUGAAGUUCAAUAUGGGAUUGACAACAGUGGAAAAUUCAUUGAUGGUCUUUUGGCAAUAAUUGUUGAUCAUGGGCUACGUCCAGAAAGCAAAGAUGAAGCAAAACUAGUGGGAAAUCGGGUUUCAGAAAUGGGAAUCAGAUGCGAGAUUGCCCGUUGUGAUUGGACGAAUGGCAAGCCUAAACAAGGUCGUUUGCAAGAAGCUGCUCGCGACAUGAGGUAUAAAAUAUUUCAAGAUGUUUGUAUGCAAAACCAGAUCAGUGUUUUACUUGUUGCACAUCAUGCAGAUGACCAGGCUGAGUUAUUCAUUCUUAGAUCAUCCCGUGAUAGUGGGGUACUUGGACUUGCUGGGAUGGCAUUCACAUCACAAUUGUUCUCGUCGCAUACAAUUUUUUUAAACAAAGAUUGGAUAGAUCACAGUGUCCUUCUAGUGCGGCCUCUGCUUGAAUUUUCAAAAGAAGAUAUGUAUAAGAUAUGUCAAAGGAGUAACCGGGAUUGGGUUGAAGAUCCAACAAAUCGAAGUCCAUUAUUUGCUCGGAAUAGGAUUCGGAUGUCAUUAGAAAAUCUGUUAUCAGGUACCUUUAAGUCUGAACUACAAGCUGUUAUUUCUGCAUGUCGAAGAACACGCAUCUAUGUUGAUCAAAUCUGUAGCAAUUUAAUAAAGCAGACUGUUACCGUAAUGGAUCAUGGUUAUGCAGUUAUCGAUUUAAAGGCAUUUGAUCCAUCAAAAUUUGAUGACAUAUGCCUGUCUAAAUUUAUUACAUUGGUUUUACAGUUUAUUUCACAAAGGCAAAGGCCAAUCAGAGGUAGUACUUCAAAAUUGCUGUUGCAAUACAUCCGUACCAUUCCAUGCAAGACCUCCCUUACUGCUGCUGGUUGCUACAUUUGCCCGGCUCCUGGGUCUAGGGGUGCCAAAGCUCUGGUCUGCUGCUCUGUCAAUUGUCCUCUGCCUUCAAAUGCUGAAUUAUUUCACACAUUUUCUGUUGAAGAAGUGAAGUGUUUUUUUUUAAACGAGUUGGAACAAAUUAUUGCGAAGGGAAAAUCAUAUUCUAUUAAGCUGGUCCCUGAUGCAUCACAAGCACAGUUUUUGGACAUGGGGUGUGAAUCCGUGCUAAAUGAAGCCCGUAGAUUAGAUAUUAUCAGUGAAUCAACUUAUAGAAACAUCAUUUUAUUGCAAAGAGAGGAAGUCAAACACUUUAAGCCCAAAACUGAUGAUGAAGUUGCAUCUAGGUGUGAGUUGAAGCUGGAGACUGAACAUGUUAAUUCAUUUCUGAGCGAACCGCUCCUCCCUGGGAAAACAUGCUACUUCAUGAACCGUUUCAUUAUCUCAUGGAAACUAAGCAAGGAAAUUGGUAGCGAUGUGUUUCCUCUGGAAUCUCAUUCUCUGUCAUAUUGGGAAAGGGAAAGUCAGCACAGUCAUUGCUAUUGCAUAAACAGGGAUGACAUGGUAGUUAAGGUGCGUACCAUGGUUGAUGCUGAUUGGCUCUAUCUAGCUGAGUUGUCAAAAUGGCCAUAUUUAGAUAAUUUUGAAUGGACAAGAUUUCCAUUAACCGGCAAGAUAAAAUGCUCUGAUUAUUCAAGGUUGUCAGCAAACUUAGCUCUUAAAUCACUGAAAUCAAUCCCAGUUGCUGCAAGAAAAAGCAUCCCUGUUCUGGUCAAUGACCAUGGACAGAUAAUAAGUAUCCCGAGCAUUGGCUUUAAACAUUGCCCUUUCAUGAUGGCAUCUGCUGUAUUCAAGCCAAGGGUACCUCUUGGAGGAGGACACAGUUCCUUUCUCUAGUCAUGGCAAUUUAAAGCUCACCAGCCACCAGGUAUGUAAAUUUCUAUAUGCUUGCGACUCUUGGAGGACU